GGGAGAUCCGCGACUAGUCCAGAUUGGCGGCCAUCAUUAUUGAAUUCAUCCAUCAUCUCCCGGGGUCAUUCGGGCUCGAUUAUCUCACCACCACCACCAUCGUUCUUUUCUCCCACCCCCCUCUUCAGUAUUCCUGCUGAUCGUCUCUCCUUUUCCCACUUUUAUCGUCCUCAUUUUCAGAUAACGUAACCAGCACUUUUUCUAUCACCUUACAGUUUUUUUAAAUCAAUGUAAUCUUCUUUGCCUGGUCCCUUUCCUUUUUUUUUCUCCUCUCUUAUAUCACCAUUCCGUAUACCCAUGGUUGAGGAUGUCUGAUUCCUCCGAUGCGCCGCUCCCUCAGACCUUGUCCAUUCGUCGGUCUGCUACUCUUCCCACCAAGUUGAACCCGCGUACGCGUCGUCACUCAGAAUCUGUGAAACCGUCCGAAAACGAUCUCUUCUACCACCCGUCCGCUAAAGUCGUCCACUUCGCCCCCAGAGCGCUUGCGCCUAUACCCUCGAGCACUGCCCCCGCGGAUUUCGAUUAUCCGGUUGAUACCGUUGAGACUCUGCCUUGGAGGUCGCCUACCGAACGUACGGUCGCCCUCGCACCUCUUCGUUUAGAGAAUGUUCAUGGUUUGACCGUGUUUCUGAAAUGCGGCAAUGUCGUCCACGCCAUCCUCAAGAAUUCACAAUGUUGGUGUGUCGACGGCGAAUCCACAUUUGUCUUGCGCAUCCGACCUUUGACCUACUAUCGUAUUGAACUGCCCAACGAUGUGGAAGGUGACAAGAUGUUAGUCGCGGAGAUGAAGAAUGUACUGUCGAAAGUCCUCCGAUAUGAAGUAACGCCCUGUCCCUUCAAGAGGGGCUUUACUGUCGAGAUUCCCGAAGAGGCCAGGGCUCCUAGGAGAAAGAGGGCGUGGCGUCCUAAGGGGCGCAGAGAGAGCGCGCCAGUUUCCUCGAUAUACCAACAUGACAACCUCCAGCCCAAAUAUGACCAGUCGACCGACUGCCCUAGCGCAGGAGAAGACACUGACGGAGAUGCGACGGAUGGUAGUGGCUUCACGACUAAAGGCAGUAAUAGCACAAUCCUUGAAACUAUCGCGGACGACAACGAGUCGUCCGAGCCGAUGCAGAUCGCGGUUCCCACUCAUUCUUCAUGCCAGUCCGUGGCAGUUACACAACAGGGCUUUCAGACCUUGCUGGCGAGGUUUGAAGAUAGCUCUGAAGAUCAGGUUGAUCCUGAAGCCUCCUUCUCAUCCAGUGUGGAAUCAUUUCAUUCAUUGGGCCCUUCUUUUACAGCUAUUCCGGAUCUAGACGCCUGCUCCACGCCGGCGUCAAGUGAGAAUGACGAUAACUAUGACAAUGAAAGUGGCAUUGUCCACUCAUCUUUGGAAGACUCACAGUUACCCAAAUCGAAACGUCCCGACAACAGGGUCUCGGUGUACGUCGACUGUUGGGAUCACAUGUCUCCAACGGAAGAUCUCACAAGAGAGCUUGCUGAGCAGGAGGCUAAACCGAUUCAUGUCACACCCAACCCUCAUUCGCCCGCAUCCGAACCCACCAAUGUCGCUUCAAGCCCCGAGCUUAAUUCUAAUCUUUCCAGCAUGAGCGCGGAGUUUCGCCGUCGCUCCAAGGCAUCCCGCGAGCGAGAAGUCUCGCCGAUGCCGCCACCUUCUGCUUUGACGCUUGCCAAACCUGAGAAGCACGACGCAGCUUCUUUGAUUCACAAGACAGCCUCGCUCGUUUUGGUCCCGCCCAUUCAGCUCCUGGUCGUGCUCAUCCAUAUCGCGGCCCGUAUUGUCAUAGGGCCGGCUUUGAGCUCGACAAUGGGCGAGCUCAAGCGCAAUAUUGAGGACCAGUUCGGCGAGGUUCAGGAUACGGUGGAUGAUUUCGACCUUCCCCUUCCUGAUUGUUUCAGGAGAUCCGAGGAGUCAACCGAGCACAACCCAUGAUCUAUGGGUGGCGACAAUGGUUUGCUGGCUCAGUAUACUAUUUUCCCUUCAUUCAACAUACCACUCUUUGGCACAUUUCUUUUACCUCAUAUCUGUCAUUCAUGAUAUUCUGUUUUAUUCCCAUACACGCCUUCAUUCCGUGAUGAUCCAUUUACAUGAAGUUUCGUUAUCAGGCCCAUUAUCAGGAACACGCCUGGUUUGUGGGUGGGCCAACUUGCGUUGGAAAUGUACCCUAAUGUUUUUUAUUGUAUUCUAGCGUGUACCAUCAAUCAUACUUAAUUUUUGUGAGACAAUUUGUGAU